AUGGAAGUUUAUCAAAAAAUCGCCGAAAAGGGGAUCUUAUCGAAGCCCCGGCCACUAAAGGAACGAACAGGGGGAAAUCGAAGCCUCUACUGUGACUAUCACAAGGGCUAUGGGCACAAGACACAGGAUUACUUCGACCUGCAGGACGCAUUAGAACAAGCGAUCAGGGAUGGAAAGCUAGCUGAAUUCUCCCACCUCAUUAGAGAGCUGAGACGACGGAAUCGCGACCACGACGGCGAAGACAGGACUCGGGCAGCCAAGCGACGCCAAGAACCGGAGGACGACGACCAAGGCUUCACCAUAGUGAACGUGGUAACAGCCAGGAAUGCGGCACCUAGGUCAAGGUCGGCACAUCGGAAAGACGCCAAAGUUCUGUCGAUCUCCUCGUCCUCUACACGAAGCACGACGAAGCACCCACCCAUUUCAUUUGGCCCGGAGGAUCAAUGGUUCGACGAGGUCGGAGAAAGCCCUCCCAUGGUCAUAACGGCCAGAGUAGGAACCAGUCUCGUCAAGCGAAUCCUUGUAGAUACGGGGGCAGACUCGAACAUCAUGUUCCGCAAUGUGUUCGACGCUUUAGGCCUAAGGGACACCGACCUACAGACUCACCAGCACGGCGUCGUAGGGCUCGACGACCAUUUCAUCAAGCCAGAUGGCAUAAUUACCCUGCCGACCUCAUUGGGACAAGGCCAGGGGAGAAGAACGAUAAUGGCCGAGUUCGUGAUCCUACGAGACUCCACCGCCUACAACAUCAUCCUGGGGAGAAAGACUAUCAACGACCUAGGAGGAGUCAUCAGCACAAGGAUGUUGGUAAUGAAGUUCAUAACUGAAGAAGGGUCAGUAGGAUCUGUGAAGGGAGACCUUGAAAUGGCAGUCGCUUGCGACAACGCCAGUCUCUCGUUAAGAAAGAAAUCUAGGGAAGCAUCGGGGGUAUUUCUCGCCGACUUGGAUGCCAGAAUUGACGACAAGCCCAGGCCCGAACCAGAAGGAGACCUGGAAAAGUUUAGGGUCGGUAACACGGAGAAAAAGUUCACGUUCGUAAAUAGGAACCUUCCCCACUAA